AUGGCCAUACGGAUACUCAACUUGACCACAAGUUCAUCCGGAUGUGAAAGAAACUGGAGCACUUAUGAAAUGGUAGAUGCAAACAGGAGAAGUAGACUAGAUGUGGUCCCAAGGGACAACUUGGUUUAUGUCCAAUUCAAUGGAAGAAUGAUGGAUAGAAGAAACAAGUUAUCCUCUUGUAGUGAUCCUCUUCUUGGUGAAGAUGCAUCACAGGCACAAGAUUGGAUAUGUGAAGGUGCAUACGUUGAUGAGGAGAUUGAUCCUGUGAUAGGGCUGCCAUACAAUAUUGAUGAUGAUGCAGAGGGUGCAGCCGAAGCUAUGGAGCCUCGUAGGAGUGCAAGAGUGAGAGAACUACAUGAAGUUGAAGAAUUUGUUUCCGAUGAUGAUGAAUCUGAUCAUGGGGGGUGGAUAUGGAUGAAGACAUUGAUUUCAAUUCUGAUGAUGAGUGUGUGA